AUGGGCAUGCAUUCUCUUACUUGCUUUUUCAACUGUUUGUUAAUUAUACAUCUCCUAUUUAGCUUUAAUUCAGACAAUGGCUGUUCCAAAGCAAAGGAAUAUUGGAUGAAAACUAUCAAAAACUGGGAGGAACGUCAAAUUUUCUCCCCCAAGCAGGUAAAAAUGUUCACAUUUAAUUCUGUAAAUACACGUCUCCCCGAAAUUUAAAACCAAAAAGCAUCACAGAGUAGGCCAGCCUCUGCUUAUAUGCCCCGGCCAAUGUAAAUUGUUUGUUUUUGUUUUUCCAUUUUUGUAGCUGCGACGGUACAUCAAACAAGGUAUUCCUAUUGACAUGAGAGGAAAAGUUUGGAAUAAAAUGAUUGGCAGUCAGGCUAUCAGGGUUAUCUCUGCAUUUGAUUAUCAGGUAAAUAUUUAAAUUAAUCAACAAUAAUUUAUUAUUAAUCACAAUGUAAUUUAAUUAAACAUUACAGUCAUGGUACCCAGAUACCAGCAGUUAUUCUGUUCAUACAUUGCAAUAAUUUUUAGUUUCUUCAAUCUAUUUCAAAUUUGUUUUGUAUCUUUUUUCAUUAUAUGAAAAUAAUAUCAAUGAUAUAUGAGUCCUGCAGUGUAAUUGUCACUGCUCCAAGACAACUUUGAUUUAGUUUGCUUCAUUUGUUUCUUUGUCCAGAUUACUUUAGCUGAGAUCCGUCAACUCCUUGUUGACUUAGGAGUUAGUGAAUAUGGAGGGGUAAACAGUAUUUCAAGAUUGGGACAGAUUGUUGGUGAGACUGCUGCUAGAACUAAAAAUUAAAACUAAUUACAUCUUGCUGUUUGCUCAAAGUUGAUCAGCGACUAGAUAUUUAACAGUGUGUCUACACAAGACUUACUGUAUUUGUUUGAUUAAGCUCCCAGCUUUGAAUUAGUACGCACCUCGAAUAAGCGCCCAUCCUGUAGGGAGGAAAGUUGAUAAGCACACAGCCUCAAAUAAGUGCCACCCCCACCUACCACCCUCCCCCUUAAGAAAAAAUCUGAAGUGGACAAGAAGAGUACAGGUUAUUAUUUCUUUACUGCCUUAUUUGCCUUAUCAUUGACUGACCCAUUUGCAGACAUUAGGUUGUAAGACAUCUAUGAGACAACACCAGAUAGUUUGCGUAUUGACCUUCCUGAUGAUGAGAUAGAAAUCAACUAAGAGACUUCACAGAAUACCGAGUUCUUAGAAUUUUUUUAAAACAAAGUUUCAAUAAACAGUGUUAUAAUUCUGCUUAAAUUAACUUACUACAAGUUGCUGUAAAUGAUGAAAGCGCCCAACCUCAAAUAAGCACCCACCUUGAUUAAGUGCUCCCUUUCAAGGCCCAAAAAUUUAAUAAUAAAAGUGCUGAGGGCACCUAAUCAAAUAAAUACACACAAUAGUUACACUUGUGUGACUUCCAAAAUUAUGCUACUUAUACGUAAAACAUGUUCUGACAGGAAAGACAAGGAACAACAGUUGGCUGCAAUCAAAUCAAACUUUUUCCAGUGUUUCAUGCAGAUCGGGUAAUUAUCAGAUUACCUUGCGGUCAAGGUCAACUUUCCAGAAUUUGGAAAGCAUAAUGUGAUUGGCUAAGCAUGGGAAAGGAAUGUUGUCUUCGGUUGAGCAGGCGUUUGUGGGGCGGGAUGAAAAACGAGCUCCCCUAAAAAUGCCUGCGUGGGAGGCUAAUCAAACGUGGGCUUUAAAGCAAAUUAUAAAAUUACAUUGCUUUCUUUCCUCCCUUUGCAAUUUGGUUUUCAAACUUUAUGCAAAUUCACUAAUUAGAAAAAAAUUGAUAAAUUUCAUAACACAUUUUGUAGCUGGCUUAAGUCAGAUUGGUGAUCUACACGUAAGUAGUGUUCUCGCAGACCAAAAAAGAAUGUUAGUGUCAUGAAUGCAUUAUUUACAGAACAGUUAUAUCUGCACAUACAUUUUUAUUUAAACCUGGUAGUAUAAAGAAGACUGUUUCAAAAUAAUUAAACUAUAAAAAUUCUGCUACUUUUGCAAUAAGCAACUUAUGCAACAGCAGAGAACUCACCCUUUUGUUUGGAUUGUAGUGUCACUGAUUGAAAACAAUAAAGAAAAUAUGAUUGACAGCCCUGAUACACUGAUAAUGACCAGACAAUGGAAAAGAAAACUUCAUAAGCAGAUCACUGUCUUCAGGCAGAUCAUGUUGGAUGUUGGUAAGUAGAAAUCAUGCUGCCUUAAUAGUACAAUAAUUAGGUUGAUGCCAGCUUGAUACAUGUAGGACGACAUUUUAUUAGUUACUGGUGCCUAUGCUGUAAUUUAUAACAACUAAUAAUUUUAUUUCUAUAAUCUUAUAUCCUGAGCUCAUGGUGCAGUAUAUGGUUACUUGCUACAUGUUUAUAAACUUAAUAACUAGAACUUUGUGAUGACAUUCUUCAGCUGUUUUAUCUUUCUUUUGGUAAAUACUAUCAAAGUGAACCAAUAGAGCUUCCUUUCCACCUUUUCAGUCCAAGUAAGUAGUUGAAAAUGGGCAUUACUUUUGGCUGUGUUUUUUAAGAUUAGCUACUAGGUAUGUUGGAAAACUGCCAAAAGUAUUUGUAAAAAAUGUCUGGACUUACAAUGUACAUAAGAGAACAAAGUAUCAUGUUGGCAACUGUCUUCCGACACUGUAUGUCCUCCCCUAUAGUGUAUAUAUUUUUUAAGGCAUACUGUAAAAUUCCGAAAAUAAGCCCCGUGGCUAAUUUUUUUCAAAGACCCUUUUUGAGGUGCUUAUAUUCGGAGAGGCUUAUCUAAGGAGGCAAAUUUCCGUUUCGAAAUCGAUUGGGCUAGCCUUAUAGUUGGCAGUAAAUUUACUGUUUUUGCUUUGUUUUACUUUAUAUUUGAGGGCAAUUUUCCAAAUACAAGCCCCCUGGGGGCAAUUUAACAGCAGGUUUUUUGCGUUACGAGUUUGGGGGGCUUUAUACACUAUAUGCGGGGGGCUUAUUUUUCGGAAUUUUGUGGUACCCAGUACAUGUACAUGUAUAUGUGCCAACAGUGGAGUAGAGUUACAGUUACAGUACAAUACGGUACAAUGCAGAACCUCUUUUUCCAGACAGGUCUUUUCCAAGACACAAAAUGUUUAUACAAGGGACCAGUGAAGGAAAGGAAGGCCGAGCCGCUCUGUUUAGGGUCCUUGCAGUUUAUGCUUUGUAUAAUCCUGAAGUAUCAUAUUGCCAAGGUAAUCCUACUCAUGCACCCGUAGUUUUUUUGUGUGUGUUUGUCCUCACAAGUCCGGUGAUGCUUAAUGGAUUGUGUAUGACUUAUCGCUCAAGUGUACUGGAAGAAUUUCAUUAUUUUGACAGGAAAAAAAAUUAAACAAUGUGUCCUGAGUAGAAGACUGCAGCAACAUGUGUUGUGACAUAAGCAUUGUCAAAGACACGUUUUAUCACUGUGUCUACAUGAUAAAAGCUGCAUUUCAACAGAAGAGUCUCUAUCCAUUUUGGACCCUCAAGGAACUUUACUUAAAUGCAUUUAUGAGAUUUCCUGAACUUCAUUUGGAUCCAGACAGAAGGUCAAUGUACAUAAUAAUGAACAUGUCUUUUUCUUUUUUUUAGGAAUGUCCUAUAUUGCAGGAAUGUUUCUUAUGAAUAUGGAGGAAGAGGUACUGUAUAUUUCAAUAAUUGUCCAAAAAAAAAAAAAGAAAACUAAAAGUAACCCAUAAAGAUGCACGGCAUGUAUUUUGAAAGACAGGUGUGAAAAGCAAAACGCGUAGUACAGUACACUCCCAGGUUACAGACUUGAAUCAAACCCUUGUUUGGUAGAAUACGGGCUACUUGGGUUCAAUACUGUAUGUCCCCUGCUUUUUUCAAGCAGCACGGUGGGCUCCUAUAAUUUUGACAAGGGAAGGACAGGGCAAGGUCAUCAGCUUAAAGGAGCUUUGUCACUCAAUUUAGUCCAAUUUUAGCUAGAUUGCUUAGCGAGCAUUAAUUUGGCAAAACUAAGAAAGUCAGUAGAAUGGUGGCAUUUGCCUUCCUGAAGAAAUAUGUGCAGUGAGGCUAAGGAGUAAAUAGAUCUGAACAUAUGCUAUUAAUAAUGGUUUGGUGACAUGUAGUAAACAGUUUGAGGAAAAGCUUGUUACUAAUCUUAUAGAUGAACCUUGCUAAUCGUAUUAAGUAAAAACAUCUGUUAUGGUUGUUAUACUCCAGAUAAAACCGUCGGGCUUUAUAAUUUGUUUUGUUUUCCUUUUUCAGGAUGCUUUCUGGUGCUUAGUGUCUAUUUUAGAACGACCAAAGUAUUUAGCUGGUUAUUUUAGCGACUCUCUUGGCAAGUAAGUUGAAUAAACACAAAAUUUUAUGCCCAUAGGAGUGAGCCACCACACUUGUUACUGCACAAUGAAUAAUUCUAAUUCUUUACUGCUAUAUUUUCAUUGCAGAAUUCAAAGACACGCUGCAGUCUUUGAGAGACUGAUGAGACAAAGACGAAGUAAGCUUUAUAAACACUUGGUAAGUGGCAAGUGCAAGAUAUGAAGGAGAAAAUACCUAUAAUCCCCACCACCACCACCACUACCACCACCACCCAUCUCCUCAACCCCACCCUCACUCCAAAAAGCCGCGAAAGUUACUCAAGAUUAUUCAUAGACUUUGUCUUUUCUGCCUGAUUAGGAAGCGUUGGGUGUAUCCCCUUUGAUGUUUUUGACUCCAUGGUUCAUGGCUCUGUUUACUUCCCUUCCUUGCUGGGAUGCUGUGCUCAUUAUGUGGGAUCUCCUUUUACUGGACGGUAAGUGGCUCCAACAGAUAUGCCACUAUCCCUAGUUUUACCUCAAAGGUGCCAUUUUUGCACGCGUCAUGAGUACCUCUAAGUAACCCUCUUCCUCAAGGGGGCAGGGAGGAUCUUAAACUUCUGAGUAAAUAACCUAAUGCAUAACCUUUCAACAAUAAGAAAGAUGUCGAUUCAUUCUCCGGCCAAGGUGGGAACAAGCCAUAAUCGUUUUUGAGUUUAUAAAAUUUAUAAAGCGAAAUAAUUCAAACUAUUCUAUUAGGGACUCGGUAAACAAACUUGUUGUCCCUUUUCCAAGAACUAACUACAUAAAUAUAGUUUUAGUUACAGCGGCGCAACCCUUUGGAACAGCUUACCCUGUAACAUUAGAAAGUCUGGUUCAUUAAAUCAAUUUAAACGCCUAUCUCUAAACACAGCAUUCAUGGAAAUCAGGUUUUUAAGUGGCAUAAUUUUAUUGUUGUUAGUUAAUGUAACGUUAGGAUUAGGAUUUUUAGGUUUUAGGAUGUUAGUCAUUGUAUUGGAAUUUAUUGUACGUGAUGAAUUUUUUUACCGUGUAUAAAUAAUGAUUAAAGAUAAAAGUCAUUUUCCCGAAUGACACGUGAACACAGCCGAAGCUGAAAACCUUAACGGACGUUCCAUUUUUCCCCCACUCAUUCUUAGUCGUUAAGUCCGAGGUACUUUUAAACAGUUUUCACGGAAUAGUUUUUUAUCCUUGCCACCAUUUAUCAUAAACUUUCUGUUAAACAAAUGCUUCUUUUUGAUGGUUAAAUAGAACCUAAUCCGCCUGUGACACUGCAUCUGAUUUGGUCCACAGGCAUGUCAGUGAUCUUCCAAGUUGCGCUGGCUUUACUUGAUGCCCUUUCAGGUAUGGGUUUUCCUUUGCAAAAGAGUUAAGAUUUGGCCAAACAUAGAGUCGACUUCGAAGUCGUGUACGAAACUGAGAAAUCGUUUUUAAAAAUAAAACCCACGGUCGAUUAGGUUCCCCUUUUUACUAGAAUACUUCGCGAAAGAGACUCUCUUUCUCUACCUUAUUGAUCAUUAAGGCAAGGUAAAAAGUUUUUUUAUCGUGGAACUGUCCUUAGCCUGCGUUGCGGGCGUUAAAGGGAAAGGGGGAAUUUUGGGCGCGCCCUAAUUCCCCGUCCCUUCCCUCGCGAACGCCUGCCACGCAGUCUAAACUGCCCUUCUGCACUCCUCUCCACUCCACUCCACUCUACUCCACUCCACUCCACUCAAAUAAUUAGAAACAAAUACUCGAAAUAUAAUAUAACAGGAUUUAACGUUCCAGUUGGCAGGAGGCAAGCAAUUGGCUAUUUACAAGUGUGACCGGGGAUUUGAACUCGGGGAGACUGCGAACAAAACCAGCAAGUGCUAAUAACUAAGUGAUGGAAGUGGAUCCGGCUUGGACCCGGAACUACCGAAUUCCGACCACUAGGCCGCGCUGCCUCCCUCAGCCUCCUUACAAAAUUUUCUUUGGUUUUCGAAUUUUUCCAAACGGUCGUGCUUAUUUAUUUUUGUGGGUCAUAAAAUAAUGGUUGGGAAGUUAUUGAAAAUUCCUGCUUUCUAAAAUUUUUGUUUUCUUUUUCAUUUCCAGCCGAGAUUCUUCCACUAAAGGAAAUUGCGCACGUUUUACCAGUAUUACUUCGUCCCCCUGCAAAGCUGUAAGUUAUAGUCAACAAAGUGGGUUAUGGGUUAAUAAGUAGCGGUACAGGAAUCGUACUGUACUUCAUGUAGUAUGUAUUAAAAUACUCGAUGAAGAAAAACCUUAUCGCGCCCUGUCAUUUAAUUUUUUCAAUUAUUGUUUUCUCCAGUGUAACGCGUGAUGCCCUUGUUCAGGCGAUUUGGAAAGUAAAACCGAUUCAGAAGUGGGAAAUAGAAUCUAUUCAAGCCGUGCUUGAUGAAGAAAAAGAAGAACAAGGUGAGGGAAAGAUAAAUCAGUUAACCUUUAUCGUAGAUUGCAAGAAGUCAAAGAAGCACACUUUUUUAACUUUCCUCAGCUAAAACGAAGAAACGACGUUUGAAUGAUCAAAAUGAGGACCAAAGAAGAAAAAGACAGCGAACAAUGAGCAACCAACUCCAGCAAGGUACAUCUAACCAAUAAGAUCAGUUGUCAGAAGACCCUUCUCCUUACACCUUACUUGCAGGCAGUCAUGAAAGUAAUGCUGCAAAGUUUAAUUCUCAACAUUUUUUUUUUCACAGAAAACACUGAGCCAUCUUUAUUUCAACGGGUCAUUGGACUGUUUUCUUCCAAACAAGAAUCUGAAAUUCAGUUUUCAACCAAUGACAUUGAAAUGACAACUUUUAAAGUUGUCACUGGUCAGAGCCCUAAUAUGCUGCCCACGAUGUGCUGCUCAGCGGCAAACAGCCUUUUAAACACACCACGUCGGAGAGGUUUGUACAGUACAGCGUUAUGGUGGCCUGUGCGAAAGCAACGUCAGCAUUCUGUUCAUAGAAAAUGCUCGAAAAAGCUAAUUUUUCCAUCAAAAGAUAUCAUUCUUUCACGCUGUAUACCCUCGCUUACUAACAAACCGAUUAUAGUUGUACUGACAGAAGUAGAUAAUCGGACAAACUAUAUACUAUUCAAUAGCAGCACCACAUGUGAAGCUGGAUUUCCAUUGUCGCGUUAAUAAAACUAGUGUAGAGGCAAUGUAUUCCGGGAAGGUCGGGGGUAAACGUAAAAGUUGAACCUCGCUCAACUGUUAACGUUUACUCGCGUACGCACAUAAAAAUUACGCGACAGUAGAAAUCCACCCUCAGUCAGUGAAAAUUAUUGGAUGAAAAGGAUUCCUCUGGUUGCAGUCAGAUUAUACUGGGUUGGGACUUGGCUGUCCUUGGAUUUUUUUUUUAUUUCCAAUAGCCCAAGUUCGAUAUUUUAAACUUCUAACAUGACUCCGAGGCUUUAGGAACAAAAUUGCAAAUCAUUCACGAUUCCAUUGCCUCGCAUGUCCGAGACGAGACUUAAACACAAAGAAAACCAAACCAAUUAUAGAAAAAUGACUCGUGUAAGAAUUUUAAUACAUCGAACGUGGGCUUUUUGUUCAACAUGUAGUCCUAUUACAGUAGCGGAUCCAGACAUUCCGAUAUGGGGGGGUCUGGUCAUCCAGACCCUGAGAUAAGGGGGGGGGGGGGCAGUCUCAAAAAAUAUAUGGUAUAAAAAUAAGGGGGAGGCGGGCCUUCCCCUGGAUCCGCCACUGUAUUAUAUAUACUUGUAUCAGUACAGACAGUAAGUAGUCAGUCCGGUGUGUUGUUACUGUAUGACAGGUAGCCCUGUUGGAAGACCCUUCAGCCAGAACAGACGUCACCGUAAUUCUCCUUCUCGGCGUGGGUCUAACAAUGAAAAAGAUCUAUUAAAAAGACGUCACGUGGUGCACAAGAGAAUCGUGAGUAGUCCCGUUCGGAGAAGUCGGCGAUUGGCGGGACGACGAACACCCGUGGGGGUAGGAGUAAGUAACGAUGCGCAUCACUUAUUAUGGGUAAUUACCACAGGCGCUUGUGAUCACUAGAUGAGGUAGCACGUGAAGUGCAUAUAGAGUAAAUAUUGUGUUUUCAGAUUGGCGAAAAAGCCGUGGGGAAACACAAUUUUGUGUUUUAACUGUGAACGGGAUUCAGAGGUUUUAAAUACUUACAGUGACAGUAAUAACGGUGAUAAAACUGAUACUUAAACUUAAUUUGGGGUUGAAGAAGAGUAAAUAAUAGGAAAAAGGAAAAUUUUCAAGGUGGAGUAGUGAAAUAAUGCCCUGGUAUGGGGUUGGAAUAGAAGAAUGACGAAAAUUGGAGUUGAAACAAAAGAAAGAUGCCCUUUUUAGGCGACUGAAUUUUGAGACAAUUUUGAAAUAUCACGAGUGGUACUUAUGCGAAAUAUCACGUACGAAUCAUGCUAUCGUUUGUUUAUACUACUGCCCACAAAAGGUUUGUAAUUUUCACAUAUAGUUAUUUCAAAUUAAGCUGAAAUACCACUGCUCUAAGCCAAUCGAAUUGCAGAAAUUUCUCAUGUGGUAGUAUAAAAACUGUAAUUCAAGAUUAUUUUCAUUCAAGCAAGAUCUAUUUCUUAUUUUAUUUCUUUGAUAUUUCUCCAGGUUACAGACCAUUCUCCUAAGAGUUUAGUAAGAAGGCAAGUACUUUAUAAACAGUGCAUUAACGCAUUUCCUCACUGAAAGGAAUCAUUGACCUGUUCUGUUCUGAAAUUCUUCAGAUUUUUUAUUUUUAGUGACUCUAUUAUCUUCUUACUAAGUUUUCCUUGUCAUAUUAUAUAGUUCUGCCAGGAAUCACCACGCCUUCAAGCUGUUUAACACUCCUACACCCUUGAGAGGCUCCCAGGUUGGUCUUACAACUUUACAUCGUUUUGCUUGACUUUAGCCUGCGACUAAAGCCGUCUCUUCUCGUUGCCUGACGCGCCGUUAGGGACGUUUGGGACGUCUCUAGCGGCGAGGAACGUUGGAGGACGGCUAGCAUGACCUGUUGUGCUACAUUUUCAAUAAACAAGGGUGAGUGCGGCCUUCAGCGUACGACGCAUGACAGACUGAAAGUCAAUUUACCUUUGUGACUGUUUUAAAACCAAAUUCUUGUGUUUCUCAUCCCGCUCCCAGCAUGCAUAAAAGGCGUUAUUUCGCCAAGUACGAUAUCUGAUGCUUUGUAUUGGGCUAAGUAACUAUGUGAGGUGGGACCCCCUCCCCCGCCCCGCCCAACACAACCCCUCUGUAUUACGCAAUGUUACCUUCUCGAGACUAGCCCGUGGCGUUAUUUGGCAGAGAGAGCAGAGUCGCUUCGAUCUUUCGUAAGAUUGAAGGAACUCUGCUAGCCGGGUGAAGAGAAGAUCAGUGGACGCCGUUUCAGCACCUCAACUUUUUCAGAAACCUUUCUAGUCAUGGUUGAAACGAGAAAUACAUAGUUAAACUUUAGUCCCAAAAUUUCCAGUCUAACAUCGACAAGUUUUCCUUAGGUUCGACCUCUUCGUCACCAGUCUCCAUCAUCAAGUGUGCCUGAUCCGUCGCCAAUGUCAGUCACGUGCCCUGGCACCUCAAGGUCCCCGGAUGUGGAAAUGAUUUCACUUGGACCCGCGGAGAAGAAACUAGACUUUACCGAGAGUUGAUUGGUUGACGGUUAUGUGAUGUUGUGACAGCUAAUGCAGAUUGGCGGCUAUUAUCAAAAACAUGUCAGCUCUUUUCAUCUUUUUUCUUAAAUGGCACAUAGACCAGCUUAGCCUGCGUCACAGACGUAAUGUAAGUUCCGUCUGUGUACCAGCUGUGCAUGUGUUUUCUUCUUCUUACCGUAGACGGCAAUGUCAUCGGGAUUGUACUGGAAUUCGGUUAAAAAAAUCAUAUUUAUGCACUAGGGGCCGUUCAUUAUUUAUGGGAGGGG